UUCAACACGAAAGGUUGUUGCUCGCGCUUCUUGUACCGCAACUCAACGUUCUAAAAACAAAAACUCUUAAAUAUGUAUACAACUUAUCAUUUUGGAAAAUAUCGCGUUGUUUUUGUUGCAAUAUGUGCGAACAUGAUGAGUUUUUCCAUUGGAGCCUACAUGGCAUGGGUUUCACCUGUGAUGCCAAAACUGCGUAAUCAGUCUGCAGACAGUCCAUUAAGUUAUAGAGUAACUGCCACACAGGAAGGUUGGAUAAGUUCUAUGGCUUCAAUUGGAGCUUUAGCUGUCCCGUUCUUUGUUGGAUCAUUGGCAAAUACAAUUGGACGAAAAUGGACACUUCUCUUAUUCUCGUCAUUUAUAGCAGUUUCGUACAUAUUUCUAAUACUAACCAACGAUAUCUGGUUCAUAUAUUUAGCACGGUUUUUGCAGGGUUUCGGGGGAGGUGGUGGAGCAGGUGUGAUUCCAAUGUAUAUUGGUGAAAUAGCCACCGACGAUACGCGAGGAGCUCUGGGUUCUCUAAUGACAAUCUUCGUAAUAAGUGGGAAUCUCUAUACUUACAUCAUAGGUCCACAUGUAAGUUACUUGACGUUGCAAUAUUGCUGCAUGGCUGUACCAGUGCUGUUUUUUGUCAUCUUUGUCUUCAUGCCGGAAACACCAUAUCACUACGCCAUUAAAGGACAAGACGCUAAUCUUAUCAAUUCUCUCCGAAUCUUGCGAGGAAAAAGUGACAUUGAUGUUGAACAAGAAAGAAUUAAAAUUCAGAGAGAUGUCGAUGAGUCCAUGUCCAAUAGAAGCCGAAUUAUUGACAUUUUCCGCAACCGUACUUACAGGAAGGCCCUAUUCAUUACAUGUGGUUUGCUAUUUUUCCACGAAAUGAGUGGUGCCAAUGCAGUGACACUCUAUAGUCAAUCGAUUUUCAUGAGUGCUGACUCAUUUUUGGAUCCAGCUUUUGCGACAAUAAUUCUUGGAGUAGUUCAGCUGAUAUCGAAUUUCAUAACUCCAUUUGCCAUUGAACGUGCUGGACGUAAGAAGACUCUAUACAUAUCGUCAGUUGGAAUGGCGGUACCAUUGAUUGCACUUGGAUUGUUCUUUUAUUUAAAAGAAACCAAUGGAUUGAAUAUCAUUUGGCUUCCAAUUCCAGCUUUGAUGCUGUUGAAAGCUUCAUAUGGCUUCGGUUUUGGACCAGUGCCUUGGGCAUUGAUGGGUGAAAUGUUCCCUUCGAAUAUCAAGCCAAAUGCAAUGGCAAUAGCGUGUGCAUUAACUUGGGCAGUUUCUUUUAUUGUUACACGUUGGUUUGCUGAAUUGUAUGUUUUGGGAGCGUUUUAUGUAUUUUGGCUGUUUGGCGGAUUUUGUGUCUUGGCGUUCUUCUUUGUUAAAGUUUUUGUCAUUGAAACUAAGGGAUUGAGUUUACAAAAGAUUCAGGAAAAACUACAAAAACCCAAAUAAUUUGAAAAAUUUCGAAAAAAAAAUGUAUUGUACCUAAUGUUUAAGUAGUUCUUUAAGAUUAUAAUGAGGAUUGACAUUACAAAGAAAGUUUUACUUGA